GCCGUGGGGAGGACGCGGAGAGGUAUGCGGGGAGGGACGAGCACCGAGUGGUUGGCGCGGGCCGGGGUCGCGCGGCAGGCCGUGGGCGGCGACGGUGGCGCGCAGAGACAGAGCGUCCCAAGACGAAGACGAGCGAGCGCGGCGUCCGCACCUCCCGCGCAGCCUGAGCCGAGCGCCUGGAGCAGCUGCUGAGAUCGAGCCGCGUUCCCUCCGCGUCCGCUCGGCGCUGCUCCAGCUCCCGGCCCCGCCAUGGCUCCGGCAUGGUGGUCGCGCCUCAGCCGCAUCCUCUGGCUUGCCUGCCUUUUGCCCUUAGCCCCGGCUAGGGUGGCCGCAGGACCGUAUGAACUCAAUAUCACCACUGAUGGCCCCACCACCACGGCUGCAGAGGUAACCAUCUCGGCUAGCCUGGUAGCCAAGGAGAACGGCAGCCUGGCCCUACGUGGUGAUACCCACCUCUACCACUUCCACUGGAUCCACACCCCGUUGAGGCUCACUAGCAAGACGGAGAAGGAUCUCAGCUCGACCAUCCAUGUGGUCAGCAGCAUGCCCGGGGACUUCCCGGUCUCCGUCUGGGUGACUGCUGCUGACUGCUGGAUGUGCCAGCCUGUGGCCAGGGGCUCUGUGAUCCUCCCUAUCACAGAGUUCCUCGUGGGGAACCUUGUGGUCACCCAGAAUACCUCCCUGCCCUGGCCCAGCUCCUACCUCACCAAGACUAUCCUUAAAGUCUCUUUCCUCCUCCACGACCCAAGCAACUUCUUCAAGACCGCCUCAUUCCUCUAUAGCUGGGACUUCGGAGAUGGGACCCAGAUGGUGACCGAAGACUCAGUGGUCUAUUACAACUAUUCCAUCAUUGGAACCUUCACUGUGAAGCUCAAAGUGGUGGCUGAGUGGGAGCAGGCAGAGCCAGACUCUGCCAAGGGUGUCUUGCAGAAGACGGGUGACUUCUCUGCCUCGCUAAAGCUUCAGGAAACUCUUCGAGGCAUCCAAGUCUUGGGGCCUACCCUAAUUCAGACCUUCCAAAAGAUGACAGUGACCUUGAACUUCUUGGGGAGCCCCCCUCUGACCGUGUGCUGGCGUCUCAAGCCUGAGUGCCUCCCGCUGGAGGAAGGGGAAUGCCAUCCUGUGUCUGUGGCCAGUACAGCUUACAACCUGACCCACAUCUUCAGGGAUCCAGGGGACUAUUGCUUUAGCAUCCGGGCGGAGAAUGUCAUCAGCAAGUCACAUCAAUACCACAGGAUCCAAGUGUGGCCCUCCAGCAUCCAACCCGCUGUCUUUGCCUUCCCAUGUGCCACACUUAUCACUGUGAUGCUGGCCUUCAUCAUGUACAUGACCCUGCGGAAUGCAACUCAGCAGAAGGACAUGGUGGAGGUGGCUGAUUUUGACUUUUCCCCCAUGUCUGACAAGAACCCGGAGCCUCCCUCUGGGGUCAGGUGCUGCUGCCAGAUGUGCUGUGGGCCCUUCUUGCUGGAGACUCCAUCCGAGUACCUGGAAAUUGUCCGCGAGAACCAUGGGCUGCUCCCGCCCCUCUACAAAUCUGUUAAAACUUAUACUGUGUGAGCACUCCAUUCCCCAUCUCAGCGUUAAGUGAUUGCCUACUUAGAGCUUUGGGCAGGGUGGGGGCACCUCUGACCAGGAAGGAUUCAUGUGCCAGGGGCUGUUGGCCCUGGUUGGCCGACCACCUGUACAGUCCAUCCAGUGUCACAAGCCCCUCUGUGUCACACCCACAGCCAUUUGGCCAUCUCUAUAGUCCAGCCACCGAAGUAAGCACCUCUCAGUCACUCUCACCCCCACCCUCCAUCCUUAAAGAGGCUCUGAGCAGGACUGUGACACCAGGCUUAUUCCCUGUUCUCUCCAAGGUGGGCCUGGCUGGUCUUCACCUUUCCUCUCAUUACUGGCAUAUCUGCUGUCUGUUGGGGGUUUGCAAUUCCCUCUGCUGGGCAGCCCUGCCUAUGCCAGAGAGUUGGAAGAAGGCCAUCCAUGGUUACGGAUAAAUACUGAGGGUCACAUGCACAGAUGGGCAUGAUCAUAGACGAGUGUGUACACUCAGGGAUACACACGUGUCACACGGGCAUCUCAGACAGUUUGCUCUGUUACCUGUUAAGUCAUUUGCUGGGAUGCACCCUGAAUUAGGAUGAAAACCAAAUCUGACCUUCUCCACUCAGCCCCAACAGGUCUUAGGCCCGGCCUUCCCUUUGUGUGUUUUCCUGUAGCUCCUGCUUUCAUUUUAUAAGGCCACCCUGUCCCCUGCCUACUUGCUUGGGGCCAGAAGGGGGCAGGACUCAGAAACCCUCAUGGUAAACUUUCACUGAGGAAAACGCCUUGCGGCCAAAGAAGAGGUGGAGUUGGGACCCACUAGGAGAUUUGGGUCCCUGUGUGUGGGGGAGUUCUUGCCACCCAGCUGCUCCCAGGUGGCUUGGGGAAAGAUGAAGUGGGAUGACAGAGCCGGCUAGGAGACCUGGCCUGAGCCCUCCCCACAGCCCAGUGGCUUGGUAGAGGCAAAGGCCAUGGAGAGGGCAGGUGACAGCACCAAAGGGGCCAGGCUGAGGCCUGGGUGCACACAUCCAGUGUGCCAGAAGCAGCCUGAGCCUGCCAGGGAGGGGAGGGAAGGACCAUGGGGUCAGGGCUCUGUUGCUGUAACUAUUCGCUCCCAGACUUUGUGCUGAAAGCAACAUUCACACUGUUGUGCGGCUCAUUCUUGUGAAAUACUGCCAUUAUUGCUGAAUAAAGCUGUGUGCUCUUAAUAUAGCCAA